AAAAUUUACUUUGACUGCCUCUUGAGAAUUAUGCAAAACCAGAGUUUUGUUACUGAGUUCAUAAUUUUGGGGCUUUCUCAGAACCCAAACGUUGAAAAAAUACUGUUUUUUGUACUUUUAUUGGUCUAUCUUGCAACUAUAGGGGGUAACAUGAUAAUUGUGGUGACCAUCAUGUACAGUCCUGCACUCCUGGGCUCCCCCAUGUAUUUCUUCUUGGGAUUCCUAUCCUUCCUGGAUCUAUGUGUUUCUUCUACUGUCACACCCAAGAUGAUUGUAGAUUUCUUCUAUGAGAAGAAGACUAUCUCCUUUGGCUGUUGCAUGACUCAACUCUUUUCAGUCCAUUUCUUCUCAGGGACAGAAAUGAUUGUCCUAGCAGCCAUGGCCUAUGACCGCUACGUGGCUAUUUGCAAGCCCUUGCACUAUUCUGCCAUUCUUACCCGGAGGCUCUGUAGCAUUUUGGUAGCAAUAUCCUGGGCAGGGGGCUUCUUGCACUCUAUCACACAAAUUAUCUUCACAUUGCAGUUGCCUUUAUGUGGACCCAAUGUCAUUGAUCAUUACACAUGUGACCUGUUUCCAUUGCUGAAACUUGCCUGCACAGACACUCAUAUUUUUGUUCUUUUGGUAUUUGCAAACAGUGGUGCUAUAUGCAUUAUAAUCUUCUCCUUGUUGCUUGUUUCCUAUGGUGUCAUUUUGUUCUCUCUGAGAGCCCACAGUUCUGAAGGUCGAUGGAAAGCUCUUUCCACCUGUGGAGCCCAUAUUACUGUUGUGGUUUUGUUCCUUGUUCCAUGCAUAUUAAUAUAUGCACGGGAUACAUCUGCAUUCUCCUUUGAGAAAGACACACUGUUAUUUGUCAAUGUCCUGACACCAUUGCUAAAUCCUAUAGUUUACACUUUCAGGAAUAAGGAAAUGAUAAAUGCCAUCAGAAAAAUGUGGAAGAGAGUGAAGAUGAUUUUUGUUAGAUUUUAA